UACCAAAUUGUAAGAUUGACAGAUGAAAAUUUGUACCCUCAGUGAUUCUUCUGAAUCACCAACUCCUCCAUCAUUAAGUACCAGUGGAUUCUUAUUCUUAGAAGAAGAAGAAGAAAAAUAGUGGAAAGAAGAAGCAUCAGCAUCAUUAUCAUCAUCAUCAUCAGCAUCAGCAUCUGCAACAAAAGAAAAAGCAUAAAGAACAACUUCACUUUCUCUUUUCAGUUUUCUCUCUCUUUUCUUUCAGCGUUUUUUGUCAUUUUUUCACUUUGUUUUUAAGACCAAACUAAAGUAAAGCGUUGCUUAUUGCUUAACAACAACAACAACAUACCCUUCUCUUUCGAACGUUGUUGUCUUCGUUGUCUUCCCCAAGAAAAACCAAGCAUCCACUUUUGACUAGAAAACAAGACAAGACAACAACUCAAACCACGUUUUUUUCUUUCUUUUUUCUCAUGUUCUUCUGCUUCAAGGUUUCUUAGUGUGUAUCUUCUCUAACUCCACCAAAUUAUGGCUGAUUCUUCCAAGUUGCGGUUGGUUCGCUGCCCCAAAUGUGAAAAUCUCCUUCCUGAGCUAGCUGAUUACUCUGUCUAUCAAUGUGGUGGUUGCGGUGCUGUUCUUAGAGCAAAACACAAAGGUUAUGUGAGUGGUAGUUUGUCAGAUGAGGGAAAAGUUGGAGAAGGUUCUGGAAAAUUAGAGAAAGGUUUAGCUGAUUCUACUGAUACUUCGGAUGUUAGUGUUAACAGAAACAAUGAUGAAAUGGGUAAAGGGGUUUCGGAGAAUAAAACAAACGAGGGGGUUCGAAAUCCUAAUCCAAAUCAAUUGGAGGAUGCCGAGGAGAAAGGGGUUUUGGAAAAUGGUGUUGAUGUCAACAGAAACAAUGAUGAUGAAAUGGGUAAAUCAAUGGAAAGAAAACAGGAGGAACCCAAGUCUCAAAUUGAUUGUGAAAAUGGGUCGAAGUUAUCUGGUAAAAUUUCUAAUUUGCAAAAUGGAGAUAGAGCCGAGAUGGAGGGGUUUCGGAGAAAGCAACGAGCUAAUUUGGAAAGUGUGAGAUUUCCAACUUCCAGUUAUCCUGAUGAAGGACCUUCAAAUGGAUAUUCUGGUUUUUCUAAUAGUUAUAUGGAAUCACGAAGGAAUCAUAAAGAAAAAGAUGGAGCAAAUAGGGUUCAGCAUCUUGAGCAAGAUCGAGCCGAGCUUUUAAGGAAGCUGGAUGAGUUAAAACACCAGCUCAGUAAGUCUUCAGAAGUGGUCAACAACCCGAAAGAUAAGGUUCUUCCGGAUGAAAGAAUGAUUCCUCCAGAUCCUCAUCCUUUUGGUGGCUCGGAUCCGUGGUUUCCCGAUGGACCGUCAGGAUUAAACCGGACUUCAAGGCAGUUUUAUGGACAUGAUAAACAUAUGGCAGGUCCACCUCAUCUUAAUUAUCGUCAUGAUCCAUAUCCUUAUAUAGGCGGUCAUGAAACGGCAAUGCCCAAUUUCCAUCCUUCGAUGCAUAAUCCAAAUCAAUAUGGCGAUCCUUUUGCAUCCCAAAUGUUAAGGAGAGGUCCAAAUCAGUUCUCACAGCAACCAUUACAUCCCUACUUUCCUGGACGGUAUGUUGAUCCUAAUCCAGAUUCAUACGAACUGUAUGCGCAUAACAAUAAUGCAAUGCAUCACCUGCCUUCUUGCUCUUGUUUCCACUGCUAUGACAACAAACGAAGAGGUUCAGUGCCAGUGCCGCCUGCUUCAUUCAUUAACAGCAGGUUUCCUGAUACUUCAAAUGAUCCUAUGUUGUAUCAUCAUGAGAUCCCAGAUGGAUUUGGUUCACAUGUUCACAAUUCUAGAGCUUCCGCUCCCCCUGUCCGAUUUCGUGAAAAUCAGUUACAUACAAGAUGGCCUAGUGACUUCAACUCUGAGAUGGGUGGUUUUACUCGAAACCGUCCUCGGAAGGUAAUGCUAGCUAGUAGUAGCCGGCGUUGCCGUCCUGUAGCUGGUGGUUCACCUUUCGUCAUGUGCCAUAAUUGCUUUGAGUUACUGCAACUGCCUAAAAAAGCACUGGUUCUUGCAAGAAAUCGUCAGCAGAAAAUGCGAUGUGGAGCUUGUUCUUCAGAAAUCAGUUUUUCUCUCAUCAAUAAGAAGCUGGUUAUAUCUCAUUCAGAGAUGAAGAGACCUCCAGCAAGGGCUGAUGAUAGCUCUAAUGAGGUUCUGAGUAGCCGUGUAUCACAUACUCGUGGUUUUGCAAACAGGAGCCGUGCCAACUUCUCAUCUGACGAUUAUUCUGGUUAUGAUUUUCUCUCAGUAGAUAAAGAAUCACUUUCAGCGGCUGCUUUGAACUCUAACAAGUCGCAUGAGAUGCAGAAUUUUCAUUCUUCAUCUCCUAGCACAUCCGAAGAUGAAAAUAGUUCAGAAGUAAUGAUUGCUCCAAGGGAGGCUGCAAAGUCCAUUCCUCGGUCAACGACAGACUCUCUAUCCCCUCCUUCUGGAUCACCUCCACAAGAGUAUAUUGAUCACUCUAAUAGUAACCGUGCUGUAAAUCGGUUUGGAAGAGGCAACCGAAGUAGUCGGUCUGAGCAAGAGAAGGCAAAAUUGGAAAAGAUUACAUCGCGCCAAAAUUCUUUGAAAGAAACAGCAGUUGCAACUGAAAUGGAUGUCCAUGAUUAUUCUAACACCGGGGUCUCCCAGGAUUCAAGAGAUGCUAGCCGAGAACACGACCGUCAUAGAUCUAACAAAGGGGGUGACUCAUUCUUUGCAAACAUAAUCAAGAAAAGCUUCCGAGAUUUCUCUCGGUCUAAUCAAACAGAUGAUCGUGGCAAAAUUAAUGUUACUGUGAACGGGAAGCCCUUGUCAGAUCGUAUGGUUAAGAAAGCUGAAAAACAUGCUGGACCAAUCCAGCCUGGAAAUUAUUGGUAUGAUUUUCGGGCAGGAUUCUGGGGUGUCAUCGGUGGGCCUUGUCUUGGAAUAAUUCCUCCAUUAAUAGAGGAGUUCAAUCAUCCCUUGCCAGAGAAAUGUUCUGGUGGGAAUACUGGUGUGUUUGUAAAUGGUAGGGAACUUCACCAAAAAGAUUUGGAUUUGCUAUCUGGAAGAGGACUUCCCCCUGAUAGAGAUAGGUCUUAUAUCAUUGAAAUUUCUGGGAGAGUCCUCGACGAAGACACUGGAGAAGAGCUGGACUGCCUUGGCAAACUUGCACCAACAGUGGAGAAAGUGAAGCAUGGAUUCGGCAUGAAAGCACCUCGAACAGCUCAAUAGUGAAAAUGUAGGACAAAUAUUCUUUUACAGGUUUGAGAAGGUGAAUUUCGUUCCAUCCUGCAGAAGAUUGAGAAGGUUUGAGCGUUGAAAUGUUUGCAAGAUUACCUGCAAUUCUUUCAUCGUACCGAAAAGCUUAAGUGAUUUUGUGCAUGGCUUGAAUUUAGAUGACAUGUAAUGUGUAGAAUUUUUAUUUUUGUUAAAAAAUCUGCAUUAGAAGUUUCAUGCUUGAUAUGAAGUAGUUUUAGGAAAGUUAAAGUGGUAUGGCUGAAAACCUUGCAUCCAGUGUAGAAUUUGAUGUGUAAAAAUUAGCAAUCUAUUCUUUGUUCAGCUUGUAGUAGUUAUAUUAUAUCUUAAUAUGAUAUGGAGCAAGAUUACUGUGGA